AUGUCCACCCCAAAGACCACCAAGGCCUACAGGCGCAGCAAGGGCAGUGACUUCAAAACUCUCGAGCCAAUCACAGAAAAGAUCCCCUCUACCCUUAAGCCCCAAGAAGUCCUGAUUCGCAUCCACGCUGUAUCACUGAACUACAGAGAUGUAGCCAUGUUGCACGGCAAAUAUCCCAUCAAGUUUCUCGAUAGAGGUAUCCCCGCCUCCGACUGUGCCGCCGAGGUUAUAGCGGUUGGGUCCGACGUUAAGGACUUUGAGAUUGGAGACCAUGUUGCACCUAUCUUUGAUGUGAAAAAUAUUCAUGACAACGAGGAAGAUAAAGCUGCGUUAGGAGGACAUAUUGAUGGAGUGUUGCGUCAAUAUGCAGUUUUCGACAGAAACGUGUUAUUUCACUUGCCGAACUACCUAUCUUGGGAGGAGGUAAGCAAAGCAUUAACUACUAAAGUAGUAAACGGGUAUAUUGACAUGCCAACUUUCCAUAGGCAGCAUGUAUCACCUGUGCUGGUACCACGGCAUGGAGAGCGUUAUCAAUGCCUCGCUCCACGGGCACUGCCCUGCUUCAAGGUAGGACUUCCAUCAAAUACAACCACAUUGAAGAGCAGCAUUUUUUUAACUUCCCUCCCAGGCACUGGAGGAGUAAGCAUGUUCGGUCUUCUCAUCUGUCUCGCGGCCGGAAUUCGCCCAAUCAUCACUUCUUCAUCUGAUGAGAAGCUAGACCGAGUGCGAGCUCUUGGCAAGCCAGGAGAAGUCGACACUAUCAACUACCGAACCCACCCUGAUUGGGAGAAUGAAGUGCUUCGCCUCACCAAUGGUCGCGGAGUUGAUUUUGUCAUCGAAACCGUGGGACCUAGGACGAUAGCACAGAGCAUUACAUCUCUGGCCCGAAGAGGAUCCAUUACCGUGGUGGGAUUCUUGGGAGGAUUCGAUGUCAAGAGCUUCCCAGAUACAAUCACGCCUCUCUUGACCAAGACAGCAACCAUAAGAGGGGGCGCCGUAGGCUCCAAAACAGACCACCAGAACCUGUCUGAUUUCUUAUCCGAGAAGAAAAUCGAUUUAAAACCCAUUCUGGAUAACACGGUCUUUACUUUUGAUGAUUCGCAGGCCGCGUUUGACUACCUAUAUGAUGCCAAACAUAUGGGCAAAGUGGUCAUCAGAAUAUAG